GCUUCUAUAUAAUCCAUUCCCCACUGGCUUCAUUCUUCAUUAUCUACAACUCAAAACACACAAUUUUCUCAAGUUUGCAAGCAAAUAAUUAAUUAGUAAUUAAUACAUACAAAAUGGAAAAGAGAGAACGGAAGAUUAUGGUAGCUAUUGAUGAGAGUGAGGAGAGCAUGUAUGCACUUUCUUGGUCCAUCAGUAACCUUAUUGCUGACACUAACAACAAUAACAAGCUUGUGCUUCUCUAUGUCAAGCCACCUUCUGCUGUCUACUCAUUGGAUUCUGCAGGGUAUAUUUUUUCCAAUGAUACAAUUGACACUUUGGAAAACUAUAGUUCACAAUUAGCUAAAUCAGUAAUGAAAAGAGCUGAAGCUAUUUACAGAAACUUUGACGAUACAGAUAUAAAUAUUGAGAAAGUAGUUGGUACUGGAGAUGCCAAGAAUGUUAUAUGCAACGCAGCAAAGAAACUAGGGGCUGACACCUUAGUCAUGGGAAGUCAUGGCUAUGGAUUCAUCAAGAGGGCACUACUUGGAAGUGUAAGUGAUUACUGUGUCAAGAAUGCCAAAUGUCCUGUUGUAAUUGUGAAGCAACCAUAGUUCAUAAGUGAAUUUGGUUUCCUAUUUAAGGCAUCUUAUGUAAUGUUACAAUUUGUGUAUGCAUGUAUUUUGCACUUUAUUGUUUGUAUAAUAUAAAAGUUCCACGGUUAUUUUUCUCAA